AUGUCAAUAGGAAAAAAAGAUUUAGCAAAAGAUGAUGAAAAACAUUCAUACACGAAAAUUAUUAAAUCUUAUGUACCAAUUUAUCGUGAAAAUCUAUUAUCCGGUGCAGCUCAUUUACCGGAAUUUAUAGGACAAUUAUGUCAUGUUACAAAAGCAACUGAAAUUGGAAAAGAAUCUCUUGAUCUUAGGAUUUCAAUGAGCCAAUUUUGUUAG